AUGGAGGAUUCACAGGAGACAUUGAAGGCGCUGGGCGGCCACUGUUCAGCCAUUGACAACGACACGCUUUACGUCCUCUCCGACUCAAAGUUCAUAUCACUACCCCUCAAAAAGAAUGCCACGGCUACGGAGGAGGAAGCGCCUCCGCAGGCUGUCACCGACCCCGCGUGUGUGAAGGCGGGAGACGACUUCUUCGUCAUCGGUGGAGGUGACACCCCGGAGGAGUACAGCGGACUGCAGCGGUACAGUUUCGCGGACAGCAAGUGGGAGAUUUUGCCUCUACCGGUGGACGUGCUGCAAACGCGCACAAAUCACAGCGUGGCUUAUCUGGAGGACUCGAAGGAAAUCCUGAUCUAUGCUGGCUCAACGGACAAUGCGCCGAGUCUGCUCUCCUCUCAAACCUUUCUCCUCCAGACACAAACGCCGUACAUUUUGCGGUCGUUUGUUUCAUUCGCGCCACCUGCCACUCGACCUAUAUUACAGCCCUGGAACAGCACACAUGCGGUCAUGGUGGGUGGAGAGACCACCAACACUGGCGUGUGGCUUUUUGGACCCGAAGGAUGGUCACAGUUCGGGACAAACUUGUCGGAACCGCUCGAUCACAGUACUCGAGGUGUAGUGAUUGACGGCAGCGACGGAAGCAGGGUUCUUCAGCUCUACGACAUGAGCACGUCGCCAAACACUGUUUCGAAUGUUGUGAUGCUGAACGCUGGAGGCGAGGUCGCUCCAUCUGGAACGACCGUCAACGGUACAUCGUCAUCCUCUAGGAAGAGGAAGCGCGACCUGACACUCGACARCUGGCCUUCAUACAACAGCACGAAUGCACCUACAUCAACACGGACAGAUUGCUCGCUCGCACAGAAUGCAGAUGGGCUUGUUGUCAUGGCAGGCGGCAGUGAGCAGGAGCCUAUCGUUCUAUACAACCGCGAGAAGAAUUCGUGGGUUGAUCCCGAUGACUUCUUCGGGGUAAAAGAGCAGAUACCGCUCAAACCAUCAUCCACUACAUCCUCUACAUCGACAGCAUCACGAACCGCCCAGCCAGAAGAGUCUACAUCAGCAGCGCCUCCAGCAGGCAUGAGCGCUCACGACAGAACGAUGAGAACGCUGGGCAUCACGCUCGGCGUCUUGUUUGGUAUCGCCGCUCUUUUCAUCAUCGCAUUACUCUUCCUCAGAUGGCGGAAGUUGAAAGCGAGAAGGAAGGCAGGGUACCUCAAGGAGAAAAACGGGGGAGAUGAAGCCAAUCGCAUGAGUUUUGCGGAUCGAGGCGCUUCUUUCAUGAAAGAGGCUGGAAUGUCUACUGAUGAUCUUGCACCUCCCAACCGGGACUGGGCGCCGGGGAAAGACCACAACGCACAUAGCUCGCUGGCCAUCAUCACCGGCAAGUACAAUCCUUCGCGGAAUGCCAACCACCAGCCCAAACACAGCUUUGAGAGCACCACGGCACUUGUUAAGAACAAGAACGGGACUGCGAUGCCAUCGGAGAAGUUUGAAAUGAUGGACAUUGGUGACAAGUCAUCGCAGCUGGCGGUGCCGGGCGCCGCGGUUCUCAAGGGCGGGUCGCUGGAUCCCAACACUCGCGCGGAGAGGAAGCGAUCAUCAGGCUGGUCAAAGUAUUUUGCUACCACUCAACCUACAGGACCAAACGGCACUUCACACAUCCCAUCCGUGUACGUCAAACCAGGAAAUGAGCCUCACCGAGUAUCAGACAUCUCCGACGCGGAAUCCCAGACGUCUCGCAUGUCACCUUCAGUCCUCCCACCUCUCGACUUUGAGAAGAUUGGCGAGGGACAUCGAUUGUCCAAAGUCGCCACUGGCUCGCCACACUAUUUCAAUUCCCAAGACGACUUCGCCAGUAGAGGAAGCAUCGACGUCGCAGAAGGUCAGAGAGGACUGAUCAUUGAUCCGAACGACUCUAGGAGAUCUCUGGCAGCGACGAGCAUAUCUUCCUAUGGCAAUCGUUCCACGAUUGAUAGUACCGCUACCAGCGAGUAUUACAAUGAGAGCGGGCACACGCCAUGGACGCCCAUGAGCGGCACGCGGGACAUGGGUCAUGAGAGAAGAGCAAGUAGUGUUUACACCAACACAAAUACUUAUGAGAGGAUGCCCAGUCGCGGAAAGUCUACAAAUUUCUUCCCUGGUUCCGGGACGGCCUAUACCAAACCUCUCAGACCGAAACUUGGACCGAGCGCGGCACAAGUUGAGGCUGAGGAGAGGAUGGGACUGGCGAUUCCCAAGGCUCCCUUCGCUGCCAAGGGUGGGGAUUCGAGGGACAGUACGAGCAGUACUGUUACUGUCUUCCCAAGUGGGAAAGCCUUUGAUGGAGAGGGUGACAAUAAGGAAAAUGAAAAGGUCAAUACUGACAUGAGCUGGGUCAAGCUCGGAUGA